AUGAUGAAGGUUCUUCCUGUCCUACUGUUGACCACCAUCUUGUGGACUAAAACGGCUUCUUCCCUGCAAUGUUAUAACUGCAGUGGAACGGAUUAUUCUGGUUGUAAAAGUAUUGUGAACUGUUCUGAAACAGAUCGCUUCUGCACGAGUUACACUGCCCAGGCUUUGCGGUGUUAUUCUUGCCCGAGGCCUGUAACGGCUGUAAAAUGCAUGAAGGUGGACAAUUGCUCGCAGAAUGAGACCAUGUGCAAGACGACCAUGUACUCCCGCGAAGAAGUGUACCCGUUCCAGGGCGAUUCGACCGUCACGCGGUCUUGUUCUUCGAGAUGCAUCCCGUCCGACGCGGAUGGGAUCGGCUUGACUCGCCCGGUGUCCUGCUGCAACACAGACCUCUGCAACCACGAAGUUGAUGGUAAUGGUGCAGCCAGCAUGCAGAUCAGCUACAUCAUGGUGGGGACCUCAGUUGCUUCCUUCUUCAUCCUCCUCCGGCCUGGACUGUGAUUCAGAAGGCAAAGGCAGAAGAUCUCGGGGUGUGUGUGUGUGUGUGCAUGCGCAAACAACAACAACUCCUUGAUCAAGCCCCACUUGGCUUCGGUAUCUCAGUUGGGCUGUGCAUUUAUCUUUCCUCCUACAAU